UUUUUUUUGUGUUUUUUCAUUUUGACCAAUUUUUUUUCUAUUUGAUUUUUUUUUUUCGUUAUUGAUUUACAUCAUUCCAAUUCAAAUAAUGGAUCCACAUCCAACUUUACGAAAAGUAAUGUCUACAUCUGAAUGUGCAUAUCGUUCAAUGAUAACAACACAAUUGGCACGUCUAUUGGACAUUGAUUCGGAAUUCAAUUUUGACCAUAACCAUAAUAAUGAUGAUGAUAAUCAUUCAAUCAAUGACAAUCAACGAUCAGCUACGGUAUUUGGUGCACCACUUACACAUGAAGGUAUAUGUUCGAUUAGUCAACUGAUUGAAUACAUUUCAAAACCAGAUCAAAUCAUUGAAGAAGGUAUUUUUCGUAAAGCUGGUGUAAAAUCACGACAAAAAGAAUUACGUUCAUUGAUUGCUACUGGUCAAACAAUUGAUAUUGAUUAUCGAAAAUUUUCCGUACAUGAUUGUUGUGAUCUAUUGAAACGAUUCAUAUCGGAGUUGCCACAAUCAAUAUUGACGAAUGGUUUGCAGAAAUUUUUUCUACAAUCAUUGAAAUUAGAAUCAGAACAAAAAAAAUUGGACACAAUACGUUUGUUGAUAUUGUUGUUGCCGGCACCAAAUCGAAGUUUUCUGUUCGAACUUCUUACACUGUUCGAUAAUGUUGCUAAACAUUCGAAUCAAAAUCGAAUGAGUAUUGAAAAUUUGGCAACAGUUUUUGCACCAUCCAUUUUUCAUUGUCAAUGGUCAAUGUCAUCGAAAUCUUUAUCAUCAUCAUCAUCAUCGACGACGACGACCACUAUGGCAACAAAUUCAUCACAAAAUCUUUCAUCAAAUUCUGUUCAAAAUAUGCUUAUUGCUAAUCAAGAAUCGAUUCAAUGUUUAACAAUGAUGAUACAUAAUGUAAGGCUGAUAUUUGAACCACCAGAACAAUUGAUUCGUGAUGCAACCGUUUUUAUUUCCAAUCAUAUUCGAUUACAAAAACGAACAUUACAAUCAUCUGGUUGUGAAAAUUUGGUUAGUGUAACAAAUUUAUCGGCAAUUCCAGCAGCUAAAUUCUGUGCCACAACUGUACAAUCAUAUUCAGCAAAGGAUUAUACUGAAAGACAGUUGGCUGAAUUAUAUGCACAAAUGCAAUCGAUGGCAAACGAAUCACCAUCGAUACAGAAAAAAUUGAAAAAAUUUAAUCAUAUUAAAACGGGAACACCGAAAACAGUAUUGAAACGUGAUAAACAACAACAGGAAUUGAUAAAACAAUCGUUGAAAAAAUCUUCAUCCGUUAAAAAAUCUGAUAAAGGAUUAAAAUCAUUGUUCAAAAAAAUGAUGACACCAAAUAGUGAACGAAAACGAUCGAUCAAGUUAUCGUCUUCUUCAGUAUCAUCUUCCACAGCAUCUUCGCCUAUUAUUACGCCAAAAAAUAGAUCGAAAAUUUCAACACCAAAACAUCGACGAGAAUCAAUGUCACCGCGAUCGAUUAUUCCUAUUGAUGAAAAAUUGAUGGCCGAAUUACCGCCAACUCCAUGUUCGCGUAACGAUUCAAAAUUGACAAUAAUUUCUAAACGAAAACCAAGUCAGACAUUUCAUGAAACCAAAUUACCGAUUGCAGUGACUACUUUCGUAUCAAAUGAACAACAAAACAAGAAAAAACAACAUUUACCAACGCCAAUUCGUUCAUGUUCGAAUUCUAUUAUUUCAUCCACACGACUAUCAUGUCGCUAUUCACAAACUCAAAUUCCAUCAAUAUCGGAUCGAAUUGGCAAAGAAAAUCAUUUGAAUAAUAAUGUUAGAUUGCCAAUGAAAAUUCUAUCAUUACCUACACCAUUACGAAAUAAUAAUAAUAACAAUGAUGAUGAUACAAAUUAUAAUGAUGGUGAAAAUAUACGACGAAAACGUGUAAAAUAUCUAACAUCAGUAUAUGAAGAAUUGAUUGCAUCACAAAAUUCAUCAUCAUCAUCAUCAUCGACUACUGUCAAACAACCAUCAUCACGAAUACCCAUCAUUAAUCGUUCACUCAUAAAUAAUGCUGAUACAAAUGAAGAUCUUUCGGAAUAUGUAUCAUUAACAACAGUGUAUACAAAAACACCAUUGAUUGAACAUAAUCGACAUUUAUCAUCAUCAUCAUCAUCAUCAUCAUCGACAACAAUACCAAAGAUUCAUCAACGUACAUCAAAUUCAAUGCGUUUAUAUUCAAAACAUACUCGAUUAUAAGAGAUAUAAAGAUAAAGAUUCUUAAUUAGUA